AUGGUAAAGACGUCGUCUCCAAGUGUAAAAGCGAUCUUUAUCCUAGAUAGCGAUGGUACUCGUGUGUGUGCCAAGUACUAUGAUAAGUCAUACCCGACACAAAAGGAGCAGCUAGAGCUAGAGAAGAAGAUUAAUGAUAAGACAAAAAACUCGACUGCUCGUUUGGAAGCCGAUAUUAUUCUCAUUGAGAACGUUGUUAGUGUGUACCGUUGUGGAUCCGACACUACGAUGCACGUGAUUGGAUCGGCUACAGAAAACGAGCUUAUCCUGUUGAAUGUAUUGGACUCGGCCUUUGACACUGUCAGCAACUUGCUCAAAGGACGGAUGGAUCGUCACGUGAUGCUGGAUAACAUUGAGCUAGUACUGCUCACAUUCGACGAGGUUGUCGACGGCGGUAUCAUUUUGGAGGUCGACACGCCGUCUAUCUCGAACCGCGUGCUCAUGCGCGGUAUCGACAAUGAAGUCCCAAUGGUAGAACUCACCAUUUCACAGGCAUUUGCUUCGGCUCGCGAACAAUUUUCGCGCUCGUUCCGUAGCUAG